CACUCUUCGUCCUCCCUCCACUUUUGUUCACGUCUGCUUCUCUCUCUCUCUCUCUCUUUGUUUCUCUUGCUUCUAUGAUUUGGGUUUGAAGAUGGGAAAUGCGAAUGGCAAAGAAGACGACGCCGUUUCUAACUUCGACGCAGAUGCCACCUCAUCUUCGGCGAUAUCAAACGGCAUCGAUCCUUACUCCCGCACUCGUGAUGGUCGUCCUUCCUCCGACUCUAUGAGCAGUUCUCCUCCUGGCAGCCCAGCCACAUCUCCUUCUCCUUUCUUAUUCGCUCCUCAGGUUUCUCGUCUCACUCUCUAUACUCCUCAUGUUCCAGUGGCUCCACUGCAGAGGACAAUAAACGCCCCUCCUUCGCCUAACACGGUCCAGUGGAACCAAUCUCAAAGAGUUUUUGAUCCUCCCGAAGAGCAAGGAAUCCCUAUUAUCAUUACAUGGAACCAAGGAGGUAAUGAUGUGGCGGUGGAAGGAUCAUGGGACAACUGGAGAUCAAGGAAGAAGCUGGAGAAAUCUGGAAAGGACCACUCAAUUCUCUUUGUCCUUCCAUCUGGCAUAUACCACUACAAGGUGAUCGUCGAUGGUGAAUGCAAACACAUCCCGGAGUUACCCUUUGUAUCAGACGAAAUGGGCAAUGUCUGUAACAUUCUCGAUGUUCAUAACUUUGUGCCAGAAAACCCUGAAAGCAUAGCUGAGUUUGAGCCUCCACCGUCACCUGAUCAUAGCUACGGACAAACUCUCCCAACCGCAGAGGAUUACACAAAAGAUCCACUCGCAGUGCCACCUCAGCUUCGUCUAACACUUGUGGACACUAAUGAAGAAACAGGCAAAGCCGCAAAGCCACAGCAUGUGGUGCUUAACCAUGUGUUUAUAGAGCAAGGAUGGAGUCCCCAAUCCAUUGUAGCUUUGGGUUUGACCCACAGGUUCGAGUCUAAGUACAUAACUGUUGUCCUCUACAAACCACUCACACGUUAAACCUAAAAUCCAAAUCCAAUGCCACAUUGUGUUUUUUUUUUCUCCUUCAUUUCUAAACUCUGUGAGAACUUGUCCUUUGUUCGUAGUGAGUGAGUGCACAACUUUUCUGAGUUUAUUAACCUUCUUUGUGCCUUGCUGGUGCUGUAUGUAUAAAGAUUCUCAAUGUAACAAACAAAAUACUAUUUUUUUUACGUUUUUGUAACUGUAAUUAUACUUCCU